UCUGGUCACGCUGCCCCAAGCGUUAGUGUUUUUCCCAUCUCUACUCACUGUUUCGCGAAAUACAAAAACAAUAAUUGGUAAAAAAAACGAUUAAUUAUUGUUAUUGGGGCUAAUUUAUGGCAAAAGUGCACAGAUGCCAAACAUUCGCACGUGACACGAACACGAUUGGCAUUUGUGAGCGUGAGGGGAAUCCCGAAUAGAAUGAGAGAAGAUGCGCAUGCGCAGCCGCAGAUUGCUACCGAUUGUCCUGUCGCUGCUAAUCCUGGUCCUCCUGUGUCUCAGUUACUUUUCCGGCCACCUCAGGGACCCUCCUGACGAUGAAUUCCUCCUGCAUUUGCCCGCCGAAGCCGAACAGACGUUGGACAAGACCACGCGUCCUGGCGAGCCCACAGAGCCCAGUGGUCCCCUGCUUAAUCUGACCGAUUUCGACUAUCUACUGCGCAGUAAUGUCUGCCGCAAGGCUGAUCGUGAGCUGUUGGCCAUUCUGAUAGUCACCUCGUAUGCUGGACACGAUGCCCUGCGCUCCGCCCAUCGUCAGGCCAUACCCCAGAGCAAGCUGGCCGAGAUGGGUCUACAGCGAGUGUUCCUUCUGGCCGCCCUGCCCAGUCGGGAGCACUUCCUUACCCAGGAACAGCUUGUGAGCGAACAAAAGCGCUUCGGUGAUCUUCUCCAGGGUAACUUUGUGGAGGAUUACCGGAACCUGAGCUACAAGCAUGUGAUGGGCUUAAGGUGGGCGGCCCAGGAGUGCAAGGAUCACGCCAAGUUCAUAAUCAAGCUGGACGAUGACAUCAUAUAUGAUGUAUUCCAUCUUAGGCGGCACCUGGAGGCCCUGGAAGUGGGCCAACCCGCCCUGGCCACCUCCAGCACCCUGCUAUCUGGCUUUGUGCUGGAUGCCAAGCCGCCGAUCCGCCUGAAAGCCAACAAAUGGUAUGUGACCCGGCAGGAGUAUCCACAUGCCCUCUACCCUGCCUACCUUUCCGGCUGGAUGUACAUCACCAAUGUACCCACGGCGUCUAGGCUGGUGGCAGAGGCGGAGAGGGUGCCCAUCUUUUGGAUCGACGACACCUGGCUAACAGGUGUGGUGCGAACUCGGCUGGGCAUCCCGCUGGAACGCCAUAACGACUGGUUCUCGGCCAAUGCCGAGUUCCUCGACUGCUGUGUGCGAGACCUGAAGCAGCACAGCUACGAGUGCGAAUACUCCAUAGGUCCGAAUGGCGGAGAUGACCGCCUGCUGGUCGAAUUCCUUCACAACGUGGAGAAGUGCUACUUUGACGAGUGCGUGAAGCGACCGGCUGGCAAGUCGCUGAAGGAAACGUGCGUGGCAGCCGCCAAGUCGCGAGCUCCCGAGCACGGCUUGGCCGAGAUAAAACCGGUGAAGCUGAGGUGACCCCUCGGUUCCAAUUCCGGGAAUCUGACCCACCACACGCGCCAGCUCAGUAAUUAACUUUAAUUUCAUCUAUACCUAAGGCAUCCCAUGUGCAAGAGGCCCGUCCUCACCCAUUUUAGUUUCUUAUUUUAAGCUUAAGAUUAUGCAGAAUAGUUUUUUCUGGAUGCAUCCUGUUUGAUAUAACCAGUGGUGAGUCAAACUAUUCAUAUUCCUUGACUAGCCAGUUGCUAAUCUUACUCCCUAAUUGCAGUGUGAUAAGAUCGAGUACUCAGAAAUAUAAAUAUGUGCAGAAGAAAGUCGCUAAGGUAAGGUUUUAUCACACUCACUUUUCUCAGUAACACUACAGACUCCGUCCUAAUCAGUAUGCUAGGGUUAGGCUCAAAGUAAAUAAGCAAUCAACUGCAUUUAUACAAUAAAAUCCAAAUAAAUUGCAUAUUUUUUUAAUAAAACUUUUAAAAAUAAACCUAAAUUGAUUUG